AACGCAGCAAAGAGCAAGCCGUGGCCCAGCUUUAAGACGUGCUGAGGACGACGAAACCCGGUACUCGAUCUGGACCGGGGAAUCCAAUCCAAAAGCAGAAAGCACCGGAGCUGUUUCGCAGUCCUGGGACUUUUUAUUUUAUCUUAUUUUCCGUAUCCAUCUUCAACCUUUCCCACCCGCCAUCGCCCGGUUGUUGUGUAGUUGCUGCUGCUGCUGUUGUAUUGUUCAUUCCUUUUUCUCCCACCAAGAACUUUUUUUGCAAAGCCGGCUCAGGGGAGGGAAGAAAGGAACCAGUGACGAGAACCAGUGACGAGCAAGUCAUUGUUCGGCAGCUUAUACGAUACCCCUCGAGAUAACCCAAAACCCAAGACACAUCGACAAUGGCACCGGCAAGAGGCCAGAUUCAGACGCCUGGAGAGGCUGUUGCAAGGAUCGCAUUCCUCUCUAGCGACGUGGUCAUCUCCGUGCAGCCGUCGCUGGCCAAGGACUCGGAGUUCUCAUCCCACCUGAAGCACUACGUCGCUCAAGGCGACAAGAGCCUCGUCGCAAAGGCCUCUGUUCCCGAGGUCCAACACGUCAGACACAAUGCCGACCCCCUCCUGUCCGCGUUUGCGCCCUCGCGCGCCGGCAAGCUCGUUGCCGUCACGACCUCGUCAACGACGCUGCUGCCCGCCAUCUCCCAUCUCUACAAGCUGGCAAACUACCCCAUCGUCCUGCACGUCUCCCUCCAACCCGCCGGCUUCCCCGACUUUUCAGCCAUUACAGCCAUCCGCAACUCGGGAUGGACCUUCCUCCAGUCCGAGUCGCUGCAGGAGGCCCAGGACAUGGCCCUGACGGCACAUGCCCUCGCUCUGCGCUCCGGCAAGGGCGUCUUGCAUUUCUUCGCAUCGUCCUCAAGCGACAACGACGCGCCCAUCGACGCCGAGGACCCUGAGCUCGUGCGCCAGAUUCUCGACGUCGAUGCCGCGAGGCGCUUCCAGCAGCCGUCCAACAACGGAUCCGCUGCGGCUGUCGGCAUCUAUGCCGAUGACGGCCGACUGCCGGUCGCCUCUGACCGAUCCGACGUGCCGCCGACCGGCUCUUCGCCCAUCACUGGCCUGACCUCUUCCGAACUCGCUUCGUCCGUGCACUCCAAGCUCGACUCGUCCCGGGCCUCGGUCCAGUCCAGCGCCGACCACAGCGUCACCGACAGCCCCCCCUCUGUCGUCUCUUCCAACGCCACCACCAUCGAGUCGUCUCUGCCCGUCGUCUCCUCCGAGGACAUCCUUAAGUACGCUAACGCCACAUGGGCCCACCUCAAGAGGCUCACCGGUCGCGAAUACCAGCCUUUCUUCUACGCCGGCCCCACCAAUGCCGAGAACUGCCUCUUCGUCUUCGGCUCCGGCGCCUACUUCUUCGGCGAUGUCAUCGACCAGGCCCGUCGCGGCGGCGACUUCUCCAAGGUCGGCAUCAUCACCCCGAGGCUGUACCGCCCCUGGCUCAGCUCCGCUCUGGCCGACGCCCUUCCCAAGUCGGUGAAGCGCAUUGCUGUCCUUGAGCAGAUCCACCGCAAGACGACGAAAUGGGGCCCCGUCCUCAUUGACGUCCUUACUAGCGUCAAGAGCGGUUUCGGCGGCGUCCAGACCGUCGUUGGCUACCAGCUCGGCUACAUUGACCCUAAGACUGUCAUUCAGGCCCUGCGCGGCGUCCUGCAAAAUCUGACGGCCGAGUCCCCCGUCCAAAACCUCGAGGUCGGCCGCAAGGAGGUCCCCCAGCAGGCGCUCGAGUAUGGCCUCGAGAAGCCCCAGGUUGAGAACUCGUACACCAAGAUCCUCGACCAGCUCUUUGGCCAAAGGGCCUACGUCGCCAACGCCCUCAAGGCCAGCAACGCCGGCAUCAACUCUUCGAUCCAGGCCAGUCCCGAGUUUGGCUUCGGUUCCUUGCUGGCCCGCAAGGAGCGCCGCGUGCGCUUCGUUGGCGAGGUCAAGGAGGCUGCCAACAGCAACCAGUUCGUCACCGAUGCCCCCAAGAGCUGGCUCGCUCGCUGGGCCGCCAACGAGGCCGAUGCGAAGAAGGCGAACGAGAUCGCAGACGACCUCAUCCCCCGUCUCGAGACUGAUGGCUCUUCCAUCGCCCGUAACCUGUUGUCCAGCAAGCGUCUGUUCCGCAAGGAGUCCUUGUGGCUCGUCGGCUCUGAUGCCUGGUCUUACGACCUCGGCAACUCUGGUGUGCACCAUGUCCUGGCCUCGGGCGAGAACGUGAACAUGCUCAUCAUUGACUCGACUCCCUACUCGGAGCGUGCCGCCGCCGAUGCGAACCGCCGCAAGAAGGACAUUGGUCUGUACGCCAUGAACUUCGGCAACGCCUACGUCGCCUCUACUGCCGUCUACGGCUCCUACACCCAGGUCCUGCAGGCCAUGCUCGAGGCCGAUCAGCACAACGGUCCCUCCGUCGUCCUUGCCUACCUCCCCUACUUUGGCGAGACGGACUCCCCCCUGACUGUCCUCCAGGAGACCAAGAAGGCCAUCGACGUUGGCUACUGGCCCCUGUACCGCUGGAACCCCGCCAACGAGGCCAAGGGCGAGCCCAACUUCACCCUCGAUUCCGAGCGCAUCAAGAGCGAGCUCAAGGCCUUCCUGGACCGCGAAAACCAGCUGACCCAGAUCAUGCAGCGUGACCCCGUCUUCGCCGCCAACCUGUCGCAAGACUUUGGCACCGAGGUCAGGGCCCAGCAGAAGCGCAAGGCCAAGGACGCCUACGACCAAUUGCUCGAGGGUCUCUUCGGAGCCCCCCUCACGGUUCUCUUCGCCUCCGACAACGGCAAUGCCACCAACGUCGCUAAGCGCCUUGGCAACCGCGGCAAGGCCCGCGGCUUGAAGACUAAGGUCAUGGCCAUGGAGGAUUACCCCAUCGAGGACCUGCCUUCGGAGGAGAACAUCAUCUUCGUCUCCUCCACCGCCGGCCAGGGAGAAUUCCCCCAGAACGGCCACGCGCUGUGGAAUGCUCUCAAAGACAACACCGAGCUCGACCUCGCCAACGUCAACUACUCUGUCUUUGGUCUCGGUGACCGUCACUACUGGCCCCGCAAGGAGGACAAGAUCUACUACAACAAGCCCGCCAAGGACCUUGACCGCGUCCUGGCCAACCUCGGUGCUAAGAGGCUUGCCGAAGUCGGUCUCGGUGACGACCAGGACCCCGACGGAUACCAGACUGGCUACCAGGAGUGGGAGCCCAAGAUCUGGAGCGCUCUCGGCGUUGACAAUGUCGAUGGCCUCCCCGAGGAGCCUGCACCCAUCACCAACGAGGACAUCAAGAUCGCGUCCAACUUCCUCCGUGGUACCAUCGCCGAGGGCCUUAAGGAUACCAGCACAGGUGCCAUCUCCGCCGCCGAUCAGCAGCUCACCAAGUUCCACGGUACUUACAUGCAGGACGACCGCGACGUCAGAGACGAGCGCAAGGCUAUGGGCUUGGAGCCCGCCUACUCGUUCAUGAUUCGUUGCCGUCUGCCCGGUGGUAUCUCCACCCCCAAGCAGUGGGUGCAGAUGGACGACAUUGCCAACGAGCUCGGCAACGAGACCAUGAAGCUCACGACCCGUCAGACCUUCCAGUUCCACGGUGUCGUCAAGGGCAAGCUGAGACCCGCCAUGCAGGCCAUCAACCGCGCGCUCAUGACCACCAUCGCCGCCUGCGGUGAUGUCAACCGUAACGUCAUGUGCAGCUCGUUGCCCACCCAGUCCAAAUAUCACAAGGAGGUCUGGGCCAGCUCCAAGAAGAUCAGCGACCACCUGCUGCCCUCGACCACCGCCUACCACGAGAUCUGGCUGGCGGACGAGAACGAUACCAAGACGCAGAUCGCCGGCGACGCCGUCCAAGACUUUGAGCCCUUGUACGGACCUACCUACCUGCCGAGAAAGUUCAAGAUCACCAUCGCCAUCCCUCCCCACAAUGAUACCGACGUCUACGCCCAUGACAUUGGUCUGAUCGCCAUCAAGGGCAAGGACGGCAACCUCGAGGGCUUCAACCUGCUCGCCGGUGGCGGUAUGGGUGCCACCCACAACAACAAGAAGACGUACCCCCAGGUUGGCCGCAUGCUCGGCUUCGUCAAGACGGACCAGGUCCACAUUGCCUGCGAGAAGGUCAUGCUCGUCCAGCGCGACCACGGCGACCGCAAGAACCGCAAGCACGCCCGUCUCAAGUACACCAUCGACGACAUGGGCGUCGACGUGUUCCGCUCCAAGGUCGAGGAGCUCUGGGGUCAGAAGUUCGAAAAGGAGCGCCCCUUCGAGUUCAAGUCCAACGUUGACACCUUCGGCUGGCAAAAGGACGAGACGGGCCUCAACCACUUCACCUUCUUCAUCGAGAACGGCCGCAUUGAGGACACCCCCGAAUUCCAGAUGAAGACGGGCCUGCGCGAGAUCGCCAAGGUGCACAAGGGCGAGUUCCGCCUCACGGGCAAUCAGCACCUGAUUCUCAGCAACGUCGCCGAUGAGGACUUGGAUUCCAUUACGGCGCUUAUGAAGAAGUACAAGCUCGACAACGUGCAGUUCUCCGGCCUGCGACUCAGCUCCUCGGCCUGUGUCGCCUUCCCGACCUGCGGCCUUGCCAUGGCCGAGUCGGAGCGCUACCUGCCUGUGCUUAUCUCCAAGCUCGAGGACUGCCUCGAGGAGAACGGCCUGCGCCAGGACUCGAUCGUCAUGCGCAUGACGGGCUGCCCCAACGGCUGCGCCCGCCCGUGGCUCGCCGAGGUCGCCUUUGUCGGCAAGGCAUUCGGCGCGUACAAUAUGUACCUCGGCGGCGGCUACCACGGACAGCGCCUGAACAAGCUGUUCCGCCAGAGCAUUAAGGAGGAAGAGAUCCUGGCCAUCAUGAAGCCGUUGCUGAAGCGGUAUGCGACCGAGAGGGAGGAGGGCGAGAGGUUCGGCGACUUCUGCAUCCGCGCAGGCGUUAUCAAGGCUACCAAGGAGGGCCAGGACUUCCACGAGGGGGUUCCCGAGGAAGACUCUGACGAGGAGUAAGUAUAUGUUGGUCCUUGGACCAAUGCGAUAUGACCCGGUGUGAUCAUGGGUUGAAGAGGACGUGAAGACAAGCGAGGGCAAAAGAAAAGUACAAUUUGUAAGAUGUAUGUUUUAUAUCCGCUUUAGCUUCAGCAUCCAGGGGCAGGCGUUGCGAUUUGCUGUUUUUCUGUAUGAUUUUUUUUACAAU